AUGGCUUCAUCUUCUUCCUCUGUUCCAUCUUCUCAAUUUCCAAGGAAAUAUGAUGCUUUUAUUAGUUUCAGAGGUGAGGACACCCGCUCCAACUUCACAAGCCACCUUCAUGAAGCUCUUCUCAGAAACCAAAUAGAUACAUACAUCGACAGCAGACUUGAGAAGGGAGAUGAGGUAUGGCCGUCUCUUGAGAAAGCCAUUGAAGAUUCAACUCUGUUUCUAGUGGUCUUCUCAGAAAACUAUGCAUCUUCCACCUGGUGCUUGAAGGAGCUUGCAAAACUAUUAGAGUGUUCUGAAAAUGAAGGUCACCUUGUUAUGCCAUUGUUCUAUAGAGUAGACCCUUCUGAUGUAAGGAAGCAGUCUGGGAGUUACGAGAAAGCAUUUGAAGAACAUGAGCGCAAAAGAAACAUCAAUAAGCAACAACUGCAAAAGUGGAGGGAGGCUCUCACUCAUGCUGCCAAUUUAUCUGGCUGGCAUUGCAGCUUCGACAGGGACGAAGCCAAGCUGAUUACAGAAAUAGUGGAAUGUGUUAUACAGAAGUUGGGUUAUAAGUAUCAAAGUGAAGAUGAUCUGAAAGACUUGAUUGGAAUUCAUAGAAGAAUUGCAUAUGUGGAAUCGUUGUUGUAUAAAGGUUUAAACGACGAUGUCCGAUUUAUUGGCAUUUGGGGUAUGGGCGGUAUGGGCAAAACAACUCUUGCAGAAGCAUUAUUUAACAAAUUGCAUUUUGCAUAUGAAGGGUUUUGCUUUUUGGCUAAUGUAAGGGAAGAAUCAAAGCUAUAUGGAAUAGCUGCUUUGAAGAAAAAACUUAUUUUGACAUUAUUAGGGAAUAAGGAAUCUCACAUUGGCAUGUUUGAUGCAACAUCUCCUAACGUCAUGAGAAAACUACUUGGUCGGAAAAAGACUUUCAUUGUUCUUGAUGAUGUUGAUGAUUGUGAACAAUUAAAAAAUUUAGCCGGAAGGCAUAAUUGGUUUGGGCCGGGCAGUAAAAUCUUGAUAACAACAAGAGAUAAGCAAGUUCUUGAUGCUAGUAAGGAAGUAGAUGGUAUGUAUGUGCUUGAGGCUUUGAAUCCUGAUGAAGCUUUCGAUCUAUUCUCCAUUAAUGCCUUUAGAAAUGACUAUGCUGACCCGAAAAUAAAAAGGCUGGCAAAAGAAGUGACUCAAUAUGCAGAUGGAAAUCCAUUGGCCCUAAAGGUUUUAGGCUCACUCUUGAAUGGCAAAAAUCAAGAAGCGUGGGAGAGCCAAUUGAACAAACUUCAAAAGUUUCCUUGUCCAAAAAUUAAUAAUAUCCUCAAAUUGAGUUUUGAAGGACUUGAUAAGGAAGAAAGAAAUAUUUUCUUGCAUACUGCAUGUUUCUUCGAUUUCUUCCAUCAUUAUGAUGUCAAGGAUGUUGAAAAAAUGUUAAAUGCAUGUGGUUACUCAACAGAGAUUGGAUUGAUAAGACUUGAAGAGAAAGCUCUUUUAGAUAUUCAUAAAAGAAGAAUACGUAUGCACCAUCUAAUAAAAGAAAUGGGUAGAGGAAUUGUUCGAGACGAAUCAUUAGAGGGUGCUCCUCAAAAGUGCAAUAUAUUAUGGAUUUCCAAGAACAAUUCUGGAAUAUUGAAGGACAGCAUGGGAAAUGAAGCCACUGAAGGCAUGAUUCUGAACCUUUCAGAAGUUGAAGAGAUGCACGUAAUUAUUGAAGCUUUUUGUUCAGUGCCCAAUCUAAAGUUUCUUGAGUUUUAUGGAAAUAUCAAUGGCCGUUUUGAGAACGCGUUAACAUUUCCUCGUGGUAUGAAGUUUUUGCCAAAAAAUCUCAUGCUAUUGGAUUGGGUGGGAUGCCCUUUACAGUCCUUGCCGACAACAUUUAAGGGUGAAAAUCUUGUUGAAAUAAAAUUGCCCAACAGCAAUUUGACAAAACUUUGGAAUGGAGAGCAGAAUCUUGUGAAUUUAAGCAGAAUUGAUCUUCGUGAAUCAAAAGACUUGAUUGAGCUCCCAAAUUUUUCCAAGGCCAUACGUCUUGCAGAAGUUUAUCUUCAGGGUUGUUCAAAAUUACAAAAUGUUCAUCCAUCUAUUUUAUCUCUCCAUAGCCUUCGCCGUUUACUGCUAAGAGAUUGCAAAGCCCUUAAGAGUCUUACGAGCAACACCCAUCUCAAAUCACUGAGUAAACUGGACUUGACAGGAUGCUCAGGACUAUGCGAAUUUUCAGUGACCUCAGAAAAUAAUCGGUUUGAAUUGAUGCUUUGCGGAACAGCCAUCAAUGAUGAGUUGUGCUCAUCAAGCGGAUGUCUCAGCAAAAUUUAUUUUUUGAACCUAAAAAGUUGCGAAGGUGUGACAAGUCUUCACAAGUUGGUUGACCCGCAUACCCUUCGACUCCUUCAUGCUGAUUAUUGUAAUAAGCUAGCAUCAAAUCUACGUUCCCUAUUUGAUGAGAUGCCUCGUGCUUUGGGAAUUCUACGGCUGAAUAAUUGUAGUGAAUUGUUUGAAGUGCCUGACAACAUUAGCUUCUUGUCGUCGUUAGGGCAGUUAGAUCUCUCAAGGACUAAUAUAGAGACCUUGCCUUUAAGCAUCAAACAUCUUUCAAGCCUGCAACGUCUUAUCUUAAAUGGAUGCAAAAGGCUUCGGUCUCUACCACAACUCCCUCCCUCUAUCCAUACACUGAGCGCCGACGAAUGCCUGUCCCUUGAGACCUUACAUUCACCUUUAAUGAGUGAAGAUAGAGAAGGAAAACAGUAUUAUUGUGAUUACUUCAUUUUCGGAAAUUGCAUGAAGUUGGAUGGGCAGUCAAUCAAAGCCGUUGAGGCCGAAGUUCUACUUGACAUAAACAAUAACAAAGCCAUUGAUAACAGGGCUACAAUGAAGUAUCCGGGAAAAAGAGUUGCAGAGUGGUUCAUGUAUAGGACUACACAAUCUUGUGUGACUGUGGAUCUCAAUUCCAUUCCACAACCUUGGGAUGGCGCUUUCAUUUUCAGCGCCGUAAUUUCUGGAUCAUCAUUGUCGACUACAAUUCAUGCCAAUUUGUUUAUUGAUGGUCAAUCUGCUUGCACGUUUGAAAGCGCCUAUUUCUCUGGGUUUCUAUUGUCAGAUCAUGUUGUUCUUUGGCACGAUGAAAAGUCAUGUGGAGAGGUACAAAGGACAAUUGAAGAAAAGAAAAGAGAAGCUCAAAGCAACACUUCUUAUCAUCCAUUAUUGCUUCAAAUUGAAUUCGCAGCCUUUUCGCCUUUUCAUGAUGAAACAAUAGUAGAGAUCAAAGAGUGUGGGGUGUGCCCAACAUCUGCAGUUGAAUAUCAAAAUUACAUCAAACAAAUUCAAUUGGCAUUAUUGCAUCCACAUCGUAGCUCCAAUGCAACGCAAUCGGCCUCUCGAAAGCGCAAACAUCACAGCUCGGAUGAAUUUCAAGAAAUGAUUUUGAAUUUUAAAGCUCUCAGGUUGAAUAAUGAUCUGCCCACUUCAACUUCAUGUUUCACCCUCGCGCCUCCACCCCAAAAUGAUUGGAGGCCAUCUCCCAAAGUGUCUUUUGCCACCAGCGUCGAUGGUUCGCUGGUGGCCGGCGCCGGUGAAGUCGGCUUCUUUGAGACCUGGUUUGUCUCCCCCGGCUCCGUCGGCUGGCACUGUCGCUUCAUGUCUAAGAAUGAACUUAUUAAUACUGAAGCAGAGCCUAAUCAAAUGAGGAAUGAAUCAUUUGAGCCUCUGAUCGCGGUUAUAAUUAAUAGGGACAAUGAUCGUGAAGAACAUGAAGCCAGUGAAAGCGAACAGGAUUCUGACUCGCCCAUUAUAUGUCACCUCAUACGCAUGGUGUCAGGGCCGUGGCUGUGUCAGUACAAAUUUGUUGAGAUCCCUUGCCGGCUAAGCAGAGUAGAAGGGCUCAUUGUUUCAAAAUGA